AUGCCGCCCAGGCGCAAGUCGGCGCUGGAGGACCUGAUCAAGCAGGGCUUUGUGGCCGAUGGAGAGUUGCUGCGAUACAAGAGCAAGCACGGCCAGCUGAUGGCGGUGGGCCGCGCGAGGGAGGGCGGCAUCGAGGUGGCCGGCACCAGCAAGCUUCUGGGAUACACCGCGUUUGAAGACAUUGCAGGCAGCAAGUACCACCGCCCCGCGGAGCACACCCACACCACCACGGGGCGCACCCUGCAGAGCCUGGCGCUGCUGGCGGGCGGCGGCGCCGGCGGCGGCGCCGGCAAGCGGGGCGGCAAGGCGGCGCCACCACCGGAGCCUGUUGUGGAGUUGCUCGAGGACGACAAUGAUGACCUGUGCCACAUCUGCGGCCUGGGGGGCGACCUCAUGUGCUGUGAGACGUGCCCGGGCGUCUUCCACGCCGCCUGCCUGGGCCUGGCUGCGCCGCCAGAAGGGGACUAUCAUUGCCCGCUGUGCAGAUGCUCCGUGUGCGGCGCCGGUGGCAGCCAGGGCCUCAUGCCCACUGGCUGCGAAUGGCUGGACUGCGCAGAGUUUGUCGGCCUGCACAGCCUGCAGCGGCACAGCCGGCCCCACAUCGCGGCCGAGGCGCCCGGCGCCGCGGCUGCCGCCAAGCCGCAGCCUGCAGCGGCGCCCGCCCCGGCGGCGGCUGCGGGAGCCGCAGGAGAAGGCUCCGGCGCGGGAGCGGCGGCACCCGGCGGCGACUCUGGCGGCGGCGACCCGAUGCAGGUGGACGGCCCAGCGCCGGCGGCGGCCGCUGCGGCAGCCGCCGCGGCGGCGGAGGGCGCGGCAGACUUCAGCCGGCUGGCGGCGGCGGCCUGCGGGGCGCCGGCGGUGGUGCAGGCCCCGGCCGAGGCGGACGGCGCGAUGGCCGGCGCCGCCGACGCCGAUGGCGACGCCGCGGUGCGCUGCCCCGUCACUUGCCGUUGGUCCCACCUGCGCUGCUUCCCCCCAGAGUUUGCCGACACGCUGCGCCAGGGUGGGCCGCAGCCCUGCAUCAGCACCACCGACGCGCUGACCGCCAGCAAGCGCCUGGCAGCGGCCUGCGCCGCGGGCGUCAUCCCGCUGGGGUGCAUGGUGGAGGGGGCACGUGCCACCCCCUCAGCAGGCGAGGUCAGCAGCCGCGCGUUUGCGGAGCUGCCGCUGUCGCUGCUGGUGGUGCGCGGCGCGGCGGCGGCCGCGCCGCGCGACUGCCGCGGCAUCGCUCCGGCCUACACGCCUGACCAGCGGCAGGAGCUCCGUGUGGCACUGUCGGCGGCGCUGCACGUGCUGCACAGCUGCUACGAGCCUCUGCCAGACAGCCGCACCGGCGCGGACAUGCUGCCUUGGCUGCUGCGCGGCGCGGUGCUGGCGGGCGGCAAGGCGGACUACAGCGGCAUGCACACCGCGGUCCUGUUUGCGGGGCCGGCGGCGGUGGCUGUGGCCGUCUUCCGCAGCUUUGGCGACCUGGCCGAGGUGCCGGUACUGGCGGUACGGCCUGAGCUGCAGCGCCGCAACGGCCUGGGCCGCCUGCUGCUGGCGGCUGUGGAGCAGCUGCUGCUGCUGGCGGGCGCAAAGGCCAUCUUCACCCCAGCCUUCACAGCGGACGGAGCGCCCUACAUUGCUGUGCCGCCGCCAGCUGCCGCCACUGCCGCUGCCGAGGCGGCGGCCGGCGGCGCGGCGGGCCCGCCGGCGGAGCCGCAGCAGCCGCAGCAGGCGGAGCAGCCUGCGCUGCCGCCGCCGCUGCAAGCCAAGUGGGGUUACAGCCUGGCGCCAGCGGAGGUGAUGCAGCAGGUCGUGACGUACCCGCUCGUGCGCCUGCCUGGCGUGCUGCUGGCCUUCAAGCCGCUGGCGGCGCACACCGUGCUGCUGCCGCCGCGCCUGCCGCCGCGCCUGCGCUGGAGCGGCGGGCUCGACCCGCGCCAGCUGCUGCGGCAGGGCUGGCUGGCCUCGCUGGCGCUGCCCGCCCCUCCGGGGAAGGCUGCGGCGGCCGCGCGGCCGCCGCCGGCCCCAGCCCCCGGCCGCAAGGCGGGGCGCUCUCCCAAGGCGGCGGCACCAAAGCAAGAGAUGCAGAAGUCGAACAUGCCGCAGGCUGCGCCGCCCACAGGCUUUGGCGCCGGCACGGGCUGGGUGCAGCAGCAGCAGCGGCAGCUGGCUCCCGCGGUUGGCGCCGCCGGCGCGGCUGGGGGCCCCACGCCUGCCCAGCUGCAGCAGCAGCAGCAGCAGAUGCUGGCCCUCAUGUACCAGCAGCAGCAGGCUGCAGCGCAGCGCGCGGGGCAGGCGCCGGCUUACCAGCAGAUGCUGCUGGCGCAGCAGCAGCAGGUGGCGCUGAUGGCGCAGCAGCAGCCGGAGGCCUAUGCCGCACUAAUGGCGCAGUACUCUGCGCAGCACCAGCAGCAGCUGGCGGCCGCGCAGCAGCUGCAGCUGGCGCCGGGGCAGCAGCAGCUGCAGCUGGCGGCGGCGCAGCAGCUGGCGGCGGCGGUGCAGCACCAGGGGAUGGCAGCGCAACAGCAGCAGCUGAUGCUGGCCCAGCAGCAGGCCCUCCUGCAGCAGCAGCAGCAGCAGCAGCGGGCGCCGCAGGGGCCGUCGCUGGUUGAGCGCAUGUUGCAGCAGCAGCAGCAGCAGCAGCAGCAGCAGCCCCCGCAGCAGUAG